AUGAAGCUCGUGGCCUCCUGCGGAAUAGGGUACUACUUCAGCAAGAAGGGGAUCCUCGAUCAGAGCGCCAUCACGUCCCUGUCGAAGCUGAUCUUCUUCGUGUUCCAGCCGUGCCUGCUGUUCGUCAACGUGGCCUCCACCCUCGGCACCCCGGGCCAAAAGCUGUCCAAGCUGCUGGUGCUGCCCGUCUUCGCGGUCCUCCAGAUCCUCUUCGGCUCUGCCGUCGGCAAAGCCAUGGAGAAAAUCCUGGGCCUGAAGGAGGGGUCGCCCGAGGCGAGAGAGCUCCGCACGUGCACAUCGUUUGCUAACUCGGGGCCCCUGCCCCUCCUCUUCGUGGACUCCAUCUUCGGCGCACACCCUGGUAUGAGGAUAGAGGGGACGGAGGAGGGGGAGAAGAGGGGGUGGGAAGGAGCGGGGGGCUCUCACAUCACCAAGCGCGAAGCGCCGUGA